GAUAGCCAAUUUUUGGGAUUAGAUACAAAACUCCAAAAGAAACAAAGAGCAUGAGAUCUCAAUCAAUGUCCUCUCACCUAACUUCACUUCUUCCAUUUAAAUUCUCACAUUUAUAACCUUCACUUUCAUUCAGUGUCUUUCCACUAUCUUCUCAGCUCUUCUUGCCUUAAAUUCUGGUCCUCUCUUCUCAUUUAUAAUCUUCACUCCCAAUGCGCCUCUUUUUGUUCCCCCUCCACUCCCUCAAAAUUAAUGCAAAGAGACACGUCAGUAUAAGUCUUGUCUAUAUAAAGGAAUAUAACAGAAGCUUGAGAGCUAGUUCAGUGGAGCUCCCAUCUCUUCUUGUCUGGAACUAGCUCUAUGAGUUCACAUUGUUUCAUACUCUUCCUUACAUCAACCAAAUAAAAAGAAAAGAAAAGAAAAGAAAACUACUUAUUGUCAAGAUGAAGAAGAAACUGAUAAUGUUUUUGUUUGCUCUUCUGCAACUUCUGUUAGUAAACUCUCUUUCUCCAAAACAUCCAUCAGCCAAGCCAGAUGCAGAAAUAAAUGUGAUGGGUUUCGUUUACUGUGAUGUCUGCUCCAACAACAGCUUCUCCAAACACAGUUACUUCAUGUCCGGCGUUGAAGUGAGAAUAGACUGCAGUCUCAAAUCAGGUUCCUCGACAACAAACGAGAUGAUAACAUUCUCUGCGAACAGAACCACUAACGAGUUUGGACUCUUCAAGGUAACCAUAACAUCUCUAGACAGCGUUGACUUGGACAGUCUCGCAACUUCUUGUCAAGCGAGUUUGGUGGGAAGAAGAGGCUCCUCGGAUUCUUCCUGCAACGUACAUGGUUACAGAAGCACCACGGAUCAAGUCGUGUUUAAGUCAAAACGGUCUAAUCUCUGUAUCUAUGGAUUCAAUGGGUUAAACUUCAGACCGUUCAAGAGGGACCUUGCCUUGUGUGGCAAGAAUUAGGGCUUUCAAACUACAAACUAUCUCAAAAGUUGUUUUUAUUUAAUCAAGAAAUGAAAAUGUGUUUGUGCUAAAGAA